UUCUAAUGGAAUCGGAACAACAUUUCCACAAAUCCACGGCCACCUCCAAGCCAAGCUCUAGGGUUUCAACCAUGAAGCUAUCCUUCUCUCUUCCUUCAAAAUCCUCUUCUUCUUCUUCCAAGCCAAAUCUCGUCAAACCUUCAAAGGAAUUUGACGACAAAACCCUUGAUCAUGGACCUUUAAACGAUUCCAAACAGUAUGUCAACGAGUUUGACGCUUCAAAACCCCUGUCCGAAACCACUGGCAAGUCCAGAAAUUUGGUUAUUCCCUCCCUUCAGAACGAAUGGAGGCCGCUGAAAAGAAUGAAGAAUCUCGAAGUUCCUCUUGAUCAAUCUGAUGAGUCUCAUCUCAAGUUCGAGUCCGCCUCUGGAUUAGAUCCGCUCGAUGAUUCGAAGAUGUCGUAUGGUCUUAAUGUGAGGCAGUCCGUUGAUGGUAUGAAGAUUUCCGAUGAGUCUAAAUCUGGGGAAGAACCGCCGCGGCCUGCUCCUUUGGAGGUUAUUAUGUUGGAGAAAUUUAAAGCGGAUCUCGAGAGGCUACCUGAGGACAGAGGGUUCGAGGAUUUUGAGGAGGUUCCUGUGGAAAGCUUUGCUGCUGCUUUGAUGAAUGGGUAUGGAUGGCGUCAGGGUAAGGGAAUUGGGAGGAAUGCUAAAGAGGAUGUUAAAGUUAGGGAAUACAGUAGAAGAACUGAUAAGCAAGGGCUAGGAUUUGUCAGUGAUGUUCCUGUUGGCAUUUCAAAGAAGGAGGAAGAGAAAGAUGGAGGUAGAGAGCGUGAGAGAAAAAGGGAUGAAGGUAGAGUGAAGGAAAACAGGGAUCGAGAAAGUGAUGGAUUAGCUUCUAUUGGCAAACAUGUCAGGAUUGUUCGCGGUAGAGAUGCUGGUUUGAAAGGUAGAGUUUUGGAGAAACUGGAUUCCGAUUGGCUUGUUCUUAAGCUUUCUAAAAGAGAUGAACAUGUCAAAUUGAAAGUUCGUGCAACCGAUAUAGCUGAAUUGGGUUCUAAAGAAGAGGAAAAAUUCUUGAAGAAACUGGAGGAAUUGAAAGUUAAGAAUGAAAACACAGGCCAGAAACGGAGAAGAGAAGUCGAGCAAGUAGUGGAGAAGCGUGAAAAUGGUUCAAGGGAUAAAGAGAAGAGGACCGGUAGAUUGUCUUGGCUCACUAGUCAUAUUCGUGUUAGAAUCAUCAGUAAAGAAUUUAAGGGAGGGAAGUUUUAUUUGAAAAAGGGAGAGAUAGUAGACGUAGUUGGACCCUCUAUUUGUGAUAUAUCCAUUGAUGGGAGUAGAGAGCUUGUUCAAGGGGUCUCUCAAGAGCUUCUUGAGACUGCACUUCCCAGACGUGGGGGGCCUGUUCUUGUUCUUUAUGGUAAGCACAAAGGAGUUUAUGGGAGUUUAGUUGAGAGGGAUCUUGACAAAGAGACGGGGGUAGUUCGGGAUGCGGAUAGCCACGAAUUACUUAAUGUGCGUUUAGAACAGAUUGCUGAAUAUAUCGGUGACCCAAGUUACUUGGGAUAUUGAUUCUUUGUACCCAAGAUGGUGAUGGACCUGUUUUAGUGGUUACUCUGUUUUUAUCAGAGUUUCGAUAAAAGCCAUUCCGUGACAUGUGACUAUAUGUGAACAAGUUUCUUAACACAAUUGAGACGUUCAUGUGCUAAUGUGCAUACAAGUCGUCUUAGAAUGCUCAGAGCAUGAAGGGGAACGCAGAAAGCUCCUGCACCUGCAAAGUGGAGUGGUGAUAAUCAUUCUUUCUUACACUCGGGAUGCUUCUCUAAUCUUUUGAUUCAAAAUCUUCACCAACGGCAUCUCGAAUGUCAAAGAAUGCCUGAGCACGGUUGGAUGAGUCGUACAUCACAUACUCAAGAGAUGGUUGAGUCCAAUGCGUAGUUUUGUUAGAACCAUCUUUCAUGCCCAAUGGUGUUGCCUUUAUUUGGAUUUGUACACAUGAACGAUUCUUUGAAUACUAAAUGGGCUUUUCUUCAUACUACCAUAGUAUUUUAUGCUAUCAAAAGAGGUUAUGUUUCCUGCCCGC